GAACCUCUUUGCUUCAAAAUUCAACUCCCCCAUAAAUCCUUUUCCUGUACAGCUUCACUGCGUGUGUUAGUGUGUGAAAAAGAGGUGUUUCUGAAGCUUAAUAAUUAUGAAUUUGGUAUAAAAUGGCGAAUAAUCAUAGUUACAAGAAUGGUGGUCUGAAGACGAAGUCAAUUUCAUCCUCAUCAUCAUCGUCAUCUUAUUCUGGUUACAAAUCUAAGCAAUCGGUAACCUCUGGUGUCCGCCGUAACAGCACCGGUUCCAGUGGUAAUUCCGCUGGUGGACACCAGAAAGAUACUCCUGGAGUUUCUGGGAGAGUUCGAGUGGCUGUAAGAUUACGACCACGCAAUAGUGAGGAGCAAUCAACCGAUGCUGAUUUUGCCGAUUGUGUGGAAUUGCAGCCGGAGCUUAAAAGAUUGAAACUUCGAAGGAAUAAUUGGGAUUCAGAUACAUUCGAAUUCGAUGAAGUUCUUACUGAAUUUGCAUCUCAGAAGCGUGUUUAUGAAGUUGUCGCAAAACCCGUUGUCGAGAGUGUUCUUGAUGGAUAUAACGGAACGGUCAUGGCAUACGGACAGACCGGUACAGGAAAAACGUACACACUUGGACGACUCGGGGAUGAGGAUACUUCUGCUCGUGGAAUAAUGGUUCGGGCAAUGGAGGAUAUAUUUGCUGAAAUCUCCCCAGAAACAGAUUUGAUCUCCGUGUCCUACUUGCAGCUCUAUAUGGAGACAAUACAAGAUCUUCUUGAUCCUACAAACGAUAAUUUAUCUAUAACGGAAGAUCCAAAAAGUGGAGAUAUUUCACUUCCGGGUGCGAGUUUGAUAGAAGUCAGGGAUCAACCAAGUUUUGUUGAACUACUACGGUUAGGAGAAGCACAUCGAUUUGCUGCUAACACGAAGCUGAAUACAGAAUCAUCUCGUAGUCACGCCAUUCUGAUGGUGCAUGUUAAGAAGUCUGUGAAGGAAAGAGAUGUCGGCGCUAGUUCUGGUGAACAUGGUAGCAAGUCCCACAUGAGUAGAACGAUGAAGCCGCCAGUUGUGCGCAAGGGGAAACUAAUCGUUGUGGACCUUGCGGGUUCCGAGCGUAUUGAUAAGUCGGGAAGUGAGGGACAUACGUUAGAGGAAGCUAAAUCUAUAAAUCUUUCUCUAAGUGCACUCGGAAAAUGUAUAAAUGCAUUGGCGGAAAACAGUUCUCAUGUUCCAGUUCGUGAUUCCAAACUUACAAGAUUGCUUCGAGAUUCAUUUGGAGGCACGGCAAGAACUUCUCUUGUUAUCACCAUUGGUCCAUCUCCUCGUCAUAGAGGAGAGACAUCGAGUACGAUAAUGUUCGGGCAAAGAGCUAUGAAAGUAGAAAAUAUGUUGAAGAUAAAGGAAGAAUUCGAUUACAAGAGUUUGGCUAGAAAGCUUGAUGUACAAGUAGAAUCUCUCAUUGCCGAACAUGAAAGGCAGCAAAAAGCAUAUCAAGAUGAGGUUGAAAAAAUCGGGCUGGAAGCAAAGAAGCAAAUAUCCGAAGCUGAAAAACUUUAUGCAGAUACUUUGGAGAAGGAGAGGUUGAAAUAUCAAAGAGACUGUACGGAAUCGAUAAAGAAACUUGAAGCACAGUUGGCGGUAAAUCAAGAAAAGCAGGGAGAUGGAAGAGUCAAAGUUGGAUUUAAAGAUGAAAGCUUUCAUAAGAAAUCGAAUGGCGAGGCUCAAGGUGCGUCGGCUAGUGCAGAACUUAUCGAAGUUAAGAAGUUGCUACAGAAUGAAAUACUCUUACGGAAAGCUGCUGAUGAAGAAAUCGGUAAUCUCCGAAAUCAAGUAAUGCAAUGGAAACGAUCGGAGGCAGCAGGGAGUGCUGAAAACUUAAAGCUUCGCAAGAUGCUGGAAGACGAGAUUCAUCAGAGAGAAAAGCUCGAAGAAGAAAUAUCCAUGUUACAAAAUCAGCUGUUGCAAAUAAGUUUUGAUGCCGAUGAGACGAGAAAACAACUCGAGAGUGGUCAUAGUAUAGACAUGACUGGAGAAAUGGGUUCUCUUAUCUCUCCAGUUCGUCAGCAACAGAUGAAAUAUUCGGGCGAGCAGGAGAAAGGGUCAGUGGCAAAACUCUUUGAACAAGUCGGACUGCAAAAGAUUCUAUCUUUACUGGAAGCAGAAGACCCUGAUGUUCGAAUCCAUGCUGUAAAGGUUAUUGCAAAUUUGGCCGCUGAAGCAACCAAUCAGGAAAAGAUUGUAGAAGCCGGUGGCCUUACAUCUUUGCUAGCUCUUCUUACGAGCUCCGAGGAUGAGAACAUCCACAGAGUUGCAGCAGGCGCAAUUGCAAACCUUGCAAUGAACGAAACCAACCAGGAGCUGAUAAUGGCUCAAGGGGGUAUUAGUUUGCUAGCAAUGACAGCAGAAAAUGCUGACGAUCCUCAAACUCUUCGAAUGGUGGCUGGAGCGGUGGCUAACCUUUGUGGCAAUGACAAAUUGCAGGUGAUGUUAAGAGCUGAAGGUGGUAUUAGAGCGUUGUUAGGAAUGGUGAGAUGUAGACAUCCAGACGUUCUUGCUCAAGUUGCUCGAGGAAUCGCUAACUUUGCAAAAUGCGAGUCGAGAGCAUCCACUCAAGGAAUUAAAAGCGGAAAAUCUCAUUUGAUUGAGGAUGGUGCCCUUCCGUGGAUCGUGAAGAAUGCUAACAAUGAAGCGUCACCGAUCAGGCGUCACAUCGAGCUUGCUCUUUGCCACAUGGCACAACAUGAAGUAAAUGCGAAAGAGAUGAUAUCGGGUGGUGCGUUAUGGGAGCUUGUUCGAAUCUCACGAGAUUGCUCAAGAGAUGAUAUCAGGAUACUUGCAAGACGGACGUUAUCGUCAAGUCCUACGUUCCAGGUUGAGUUGAAGCGUUUAAGAUUAAAUUAACUCUGUUUCAAAAUAUUAUUUAUUUAUUAUAUGUUUAUAUUAUAUAUGUUGGGGUGGGGUUGGAUGUGUUUAAAUUAUUUGAAAGGAAUUUGUGAUUGAUUUGAAGGUUUUGGUGAUUGAAAUUAGCAAGUUUAAUUAAGUUGUAUGUAG